AUGUUAAUUAAAAGUCUUCUCCUCGAUUCCCCUAAACAAGUCAAGUCUUCUCUCCACACCCCCUACAAAUCAAAUCAGGUUCUUUCGUGUUAUCUCUUGGAUCUUGGUUCGCUACCCAGGAUGAAAAUGAAAGCAAGCCCGAUUCUAACGACGUUGUUCGCGGCGGCGGUCGGGUUCUUCAUCGGCGUUUCCUUUCCUGUGGACGUCACACCAAAGCUUCAGUGUGGCAUACUCCCUUGGAGCAGCUGCUUCAGUCACAGCACCAUGUUGGGCAGAUUAUGGGGAGCGCCGUUCAGGAACAGCAGCUCCCGCACCCCAAAUGUGACAAGUUCGGCGCCGAGUGUAGAGGUUGCAACAGCAACAAACACUGAAGAAGGGUCGGAGAGGCGGCUGCCGCCGGGGAUUGUGGUCUCGGAGUCCGAUCUUCACCUGCGCCGGCUCUGGGGAUCCCCAACACAGGACAGCCCGGCCCGCAAGUACCUCCUCGCCCUCGCGGUCGGGUAUGGCGAGAGAGCCAAUGUCAACGCAACUGUCCACAAGUUCUUGGACAACUUCGACAUCGUGCUGUUCCACUAUGACGGCCGCACAACUGAGUGGGAUAUAGAGUUCAAGUGGUCGAAGAAGGUCACUCAUGUCAGUGCCAGGAAACAGACCAAAUGGUGGUUCGCUAAGAGGUUCCUGCACCCGAGCAUCGUGGCGCCCUACGACUACGUGUUCGUGUGGGACGAGGACCUUGGCAUUGACAACUUCGCCGCGGAACCGUACCUGGACAUCGUGAGGAGGCAUGGGCUGGAGAUCUCGCAGCCGGGGCUGGACACGACCAAUGGGCUGGCACCGACUUACUACAUCACCGCCAGGAAAAACGGCAGCGAGAUGCACAAGACAGAUGCAGGAGGGGAGCAUUGCUCGGACGUGCACAAGCGCCCGUGCAGCGGGUUCGUGGAGGUGAUGGCGCCGGUCUUCUCUAGGGAUGCUUGGAGAUGCGUGUGGCAUAUGAUCCAGACUGACUUUGUCCAUGCAUGGGGUCUUGACUCCAAUUUCUGGAGAUGCGUCGAUGACCCUGAAGAGCAGAUCGGUGUCGUAGACGCGCAGUACUUGGUUCAUCAUGCCGUUCCCACGCUUGAAGGCCAGGGUGAGAAAGAAAAAGGAGGCCGUUUGCAGGUAAAAGCACGUCAAUAUGAGGAGAUGUUUGCCUUUCGCUCUAGGGUUUCCCGUGCGGACAACGAAGUUGCCAACAGAACAUCAAUACAGAACUAG